AUGCGGCCGCCAGAUCUGUGGCGGUUAUGGCUCAAACUAGCGGCCCUGCUGACGUACGGGGCGACGUUGGACAAAACGAAUAUCGAAGACUGCGCAACGGUUCUCGGCGAAAACCUGCUCGAGACGUUCAACCGAGCCACGAGAUCGCAGCAUAUCCCGGAGUACUACGACGGUUACGUCGAGGUCGAGCAGUACGACCCGCGGAUAGAGCUCAAAAAGGCGAAACAGCACAUCGAAAAAUAUUUGGCGAGGAGGGCAAAAUUUGCAUAUGAUGCGAAACUGUCCCUCGAAGCACGACCCCUCCUCGAAGGCACCGAUCUUGAGGUCAACAACCCGGACUCGAAAAACUUUAUCCGGUAUAUGAGCGCCAAGUCGGGAGGUGAUGGCGGGAUUUUGUAUCGUCAUGACCACAGCUUUAACAACAGGAUCAGCUUAAACGCGACGCGGAACUUUUCGAUGCACGCCAAUGCGAAUUUCUACUUCCUCAGCACGUCUUCAAUAGCCUCGGCAGUGCAUAUCCCUACGCCGAUCUAUGAUCGAGACCCCGAACUCCUCAACAAGAUCCACUGGUCCGACAUCGAUCAGGUGUACCGCAGCAAUCGGGAGGGAACCCGAGACUUGGCCUUCCAGCUCUUCUGCUCCGAAUCUGGGUUUAUGCGAUAUUUUCCAGCCGCUCCUUGGUACUGGGACCACGAGACCGAUCGAGACGUCUUGGACCUGUUUGACUGCCGGAAUAGUGAAUGGUAUAUCAACGGUGCGACUUGCUCAAAAAAUGUGCUCAUCAUGCUCGACAUGAGCGGCUCGAUGCUGGGGCAACGGUAUGAAAUUGCCAAACAAACCACCGAAGCCAUCUUGGAGACCUUGUCCCACAAUGAUUACUUCAAUAUUUUGCCGUUUGCUGCAAACCCUCAAUUCUUGGAUGAAGAAUGCUCGAAACAGCACCCCAUGCUACAAGCGACGAUGAGGAAUAAAAAAUACCUCCGCGCACUAAUGAACAACAUCACCUCCGAGGGAAAAGCUGAAUACGAUGCGGCCAUCGAAAAAGCGUUCGCCACGCUGAAAGGGCUUCCCAGAGAUAUUGAGUGGAUGCACAAGGACGAGGUCGAGCAGAGCGGCCGGAACUUCUCAUUGGAAGGCAAGCACACCAUCGAGUUCCCCGAGCGUCUCCUGAUCGUCACCGACGAGUACAUGAAGGCUCUGGGCAACACCGAGGGGAUCACAUCAGAAUACGGAUGUGAAAGUGUGUUGGCGCUGAUCACUGACGGAGCACCAGAAGAUUACCAUGAGAUCUUCCAGCGUUACAAUCCGAAGGGAGAGAUCCGUGUCUUCACCUUCCUGAUCGGCGAAGAAGCCAUCGACUUCGAGCAGGUCAGGAAUAUGGCCUGCCAGAACCGCGGCUACAUGGUCCACAUCCAGAAUAUGGCCGAUGUCGAGGAGAAGAUCCAGAACUACAUUCGCGUGAUGAGCCGACCGUUGGGAGCCCAUGACAAGGACAUUGAUGAGAAGAGUCAAGUUUGGAGUGGUGUGUAUCGAGAGAGAUUGUACCUACCGCGCCGCGAACGCUUCGCCGACCCGGCCCCACUCACCAACCAGUCGUUCGCCCAAAUGAACCGAAUGGCGGCAAAGAGGAAGAUUCAUAUGAAAAAAGCGGAAGCACGGAGUCGGAUGUUUGUCACUACAGUGUCAUAUCCGGUGCUGCUGAACAAGACAUUUAUGGGUGUUGCUGCUGUCAACAUUCCGUUGACUGAACUUGGCCAACUUGCCCAUCCUACUGAGAUUGGCGGGAACAGCUACUACUUCAUGCUCGAUUACAACGGCUUCAUCAUGUUCCAUCCGCAGCUAAGACCAAUUGACAUGCGCACUAAACUCCACAAGCAAAACUACAACAACAUGGAGCUGCUCGAGCUGGAGGUCGGCCAGAAUGGGAUGGCGUUCGACUUUCACGAGACACGCCCCAACCACCCGACGCACCACGAGCCCCGCGGCCAUUGCCAUGAGGGCAGUACGUAUGCGGACUGUGUACGCCAGUUCAGACAUCAUAUGCACAACGUCGUCCUGAACUGCGACAACUCGAAGCCGCCGACCUUGGAUGUGCUUUUUGCCUCGGAUAUGGUGGAUCGCGUGUACCCCCAAACCAACACCUACUACUCGGAGUGCAUCAAGGAUUCUGACUUCGUGCUUGGGUUGGCUGUAUCGAAAGGCGACGAGUCGCGAAUCGCACGCCGGAACCAGAACUACGACUACGGCAAGGUGCAGCUCAGCUGGGCCGAGGAGGGCCAUUGGCAUAUCCACCCGUACUGGAGAUAUUGCCUGCUCAACGACACGGACGCCGGCAUCAGCAAGGAGGAAGCUUUUGUCGUCUACAUGAAGCAGAUGAAGAAGUCUGGCAAGCUGCCGGAGUUGUGUAGAGCGCGACAGGCUCUGGUCGACCGUCUCAUUCUUGACCUUGAGGCCACCGCGCCGAUCUACUCGCAGUGGCAGGAGCAGUACAACUUCAUGAAUGAAAACCUCAUCCACCUGACCUUCUUCGCGACACAGUCCGGCCUGAUCCGCUACUACAAUUAUACACUGGAGUCAUUCCUCUACAACGAGAAGAACUACGACAUGUUCAACGUCAUCCAGAUGACCGAGGGGAAGCAGUUGCGGGAGGACGAAGUCCGAUUCCAAGAGAGCUACCAACACUUCAUCACCGAAAUCAACCGGAAAUCGGUGGAGGACCGCUACUUCCGGAGAUCGAUUCGGCAAAAGGACAAGAUCGUCUUUGACAUCAACAAUUCUUCGAAACUUUGGUACCCCAUGGGAGAAACCAAGUCGGCGUACGGCAUUCUGGAGAACGUGACCCUGCUAGGCCAGGCGACAAAAGCCAUUUAUAAGGAAGAUGCCCUGCUUGGAGUCGCCGGCCUCGAGUUUGUGAUGGAUUGGCUGGUGAAUACGAUGACAAAUCAUGGAUGUCCACCAUCGGAUUGGCAACAUUGGUGUGUACUGCUCGACGAGCACGGCUACGUCGUCUACAGUAACGAUGCGGCUACGUCGUAUAAGAACGCUUAUAUGGACCUUCGUGGAGGUGAAUCUCAUCUUGGAGUCUUCUUUGCUCACAUCAAUCGAGUGGCAGAAAGGGCCAUGGAGCUGCUGGUGCAUCGUGGAUUUUAUAAAAAAUACAUGUACUACGACCACCAAGCCACCUGCUUGAAGCCGAAACCUGUCACCCAAUCUGGAUACUCCUUGAGAAGGCCGAUCACCUCGAUCAUUGCCUACUUCAUGAGAUUCGUCAACAAGUUGCUACUCUCGGCAAAGCAACUGUCCUUGUUCCCGUUUUUCCACCAGUUCAUCAACACGGCUGAAGCCUUCACCGCGUCGUUCCACACUGCUCACGAUGGGUUCCCUUGCACCAAGGAGACGCCUUUUUACUACCAACAGCCUGAUGACGAAACCAGAUCUGGAGACCUGGUCGACGGAGGCCGAGCCGAGAAGCCGUGCAUCAACACCAAGUGCGCUGUCCGGAUGCAAGCCCACAGCGUGCCAAACACCAACCUGAUCAUGGUGUGGAUCACCCAGACCAAGGACUCGAUGCACUGCUACGAGUCGGCGCAUUGUCCGCUCAACUACCCGAGUCCGGUGCCCUUCAUCUGGAAGAGCACGGAGCACAACACGACGGAGAGCAAGUGCCGGCACGACGCCACCGUCAUGCUGUUCAUCACCCUCGCCCUCGGCGUCGUCGUCGAGGAGGUCAACCUGCACAAGCGGAUAGCGCUGAAGAUGUUGUGCUGCACCGGAACCCGCCCGAAUCGGCUGCUCUUCGGCUUCAUGCUGAUCACCGGCUUCAUGUCGUUUUUCUUGACCGACUACGCGGCCACGGCUCUGAUGUUGCCGUUUGCACAUGCGGUUCUGGAGGCGAAGCAGCACGGCAAGCAGAGCCUGGUCCGCAUGGGUGUCCUGCCCAAGAUGGAAAUCACCUUCUUCGACUGGGCCGUCUUUGCCAUCCCGCCCAUGUGCCUCUACAUGAUCGCGUCGUACUUGGUGUUGCUGGUCUGCUUCAUGGGUCCGAUGGAGCUCUUUGGAUUUUGGAGGAAGACAAAGCGCCAAGAACGCGUCGAGCAAGAGCACAUCCGCCUCGUCCUCCGCGGCUGCUACCAAGAUCUCGGGAAGGUGUCGUGGGCCGAGAAGUGGGUGAUGUUCUGGGUGGGAGCGCUGACGCUCGCCUGGCUGACCCGCGACCUCGGCUUCAUCAACCUCGGCUGGGGACCGCUGCUGUUUUCGGAGGAUCAUUACGACUACAUGACCGACGCCACACCUGGCAUCAUCGUGCUCUACUUGAUGUUCGUCUGGCCGAGGUACAACCCGUGGGAUGUGAGGACAAGGACUAAAGGUGAAGGCCCGGAAAAGCUGUUGACCUGGCCGAUGCUGCAACACAAGUUGGCUUGGUCGUUGUUGUUCCUCGUCGGCUGCGGGUUCGCCAUCUCCACUGCUGUCAAGGAAAGCGGCCUUUCCUCCCAGAUCGAAGACCUUCUCAAGGAAGAACUGAGCGGCCUCGACCCAUUAUUACUUCAAUUAAUAUGCCUCCUGAUCGUCGUCGUGCUCACCGAGUUCGUGAGCAACUCCAGCACGGCCAGCAUCUUUGUACCGCUGUUUUUGGGGGCGGCGCAGAGUCUCAAAAUGCACCCGUACUACCUCGGAAUCCCGGCCGCCAUCGGACCGUCGCUGGCCUUCAUGCUGCCGAUGGCCACCCCGCCGAAUGCGCUCGUCUUCGAGACGGGCGAGAUUACGUUUUGGGAAAUGGUCUACUCCGGCGGCUUGCUGAGCGUCUUCUGUGUCGGUGCCACGAUGCUGAACAUGAACACGUGGGCGUACUGGUGGUUCAACAUGGACGAGCACAAAUGGCUUGAACGGGCCCCCGGCAACACGACGCUCCAAAUGCCACCCACCCCAUCCGCUCAUGCCAUGAGCCUCAACGGCAUUGAA